AUUUGACUUGUGGAAACGUUAAGCUCUUUGCUUAUGAUCUUGGUUUUAUAUAAAAAUUAUAUACUUUUCUAUGCUGUUCGAAUGUGUGUGGUUUCUGCAGAAAAAAUAUCACAAUAUUUUUACUUUUACGGAUUUGUUCAUUGAGUAAUUUUAAAACAUGUCUGCCUAUGGUUAUCCAGGUCCCGGACCAUCGAACAAUGGACGACCAGACUUUAGAAACCACCGAGGAUUUAAUCGCCGAAUGGAUCGUGGAAGAGGCGGUUCACAGCAAAGACGAAAUAGAAACAUAAAUGAAGAGCACGUGAAUGAGAAUGAGAGCAUGAUUUUUAAUCAAUCUAAUAAAAGAAGGAAUCAGAAUUUGGGUAUCCUAACACUAAUGAAAUUAUCCGAAUAUGAUGGCAAUGAUAUUUUAAGCGAAAUAAAUUCUAAAAGAGAGGCAUUUUGUAAUUUCUUAAAAAUGCCCUCUGAUAGAUUAGAUGUUUAUAGUUUAAUAUUAUCAAUAUCAGCAAAAAUAUGUCAGUCUCGAUUUGACCAGUUAAAGCUGGAGUUGCUGUUGGAAAUAUGUAAUUCAGGUUUUAUACAAAACCUGGUGCUAUAUUUACUAAAUUUGCCGUAUACAGAAAAUAAAGAGCAGAAUUCUUUGUACUGGAAGCAUCAAACUACUUUUUGGAAGAACUUGAUUUUAACGCUCGAAUGUAUUAUUGCAAUAUCACCGUCAACUGCUACAAAUAAAUGCAGGUCUUUAAUUGAGAGUGCAUCAAAAUGUUGUCUAGAAGCAUUGAAAGAAAAACAUAACUAUGAACUCCCUGAAGAGGAUGUUAAGAAAUUUCAAAUUUUGCGGAAUUUUUUCUCCUAUCGUGAGAAAACUACAGAGGAGGAAAAGUCACAUUCAGCGUCACCAGUCGUAGUUUUAGAUGGACCUCCUAAUUCUUUCCGAGAAUUGAGCGUUUUGCCUACUACGGAGGAUCUCUUGGAUUCGAAACCAUUUGUACGACCUAACAUUGUGGAUGGAGCAUACAAUGGUGUUGAUCAUUAUUUAGAUGUUCAGUUUCGAUUACUCCGUGAGGAUUGCUAUGGCCCUCUCCGCGAGGGUAUAAUGCAAUUCCGACAUGAUCCAACGAGAAGGAGAUACGAAAACAUAAGGGUAUUUCGAAAAGCAAAGUUUGCGGAACCUUAUGUUUCCAGUGUUGCUUUUGGUCAUAUCAUUCAAUUAGAUUCACAAACUACAAAACGAUUUCGAAAUAUUAAAUGGAAGUACAAUAAGCGCUUUCUGUAUGGCGCUCUUUUAUUAUUUACAAAAGACGAUUGCAAAUCCUUUAUUGUAGCAACAGUUUUGGAUCGUGAAAGUUCUUAUCUCUGCAAAGGAAAGAUUCCAGUUUCAAUAAUAGACGAUAGUGGGAGUCCCAAUGAUAAGGCUGUUGAAUAUACAAUGAUAGAAAGCGAUAUUUACUUUGAACCUUAUUACGGUGUGUUGAAAGUGCUGAAAGACCCCACAUUUCCGGAGCAUCUAGCCAUGAAAAAAUAUAUAGUGGACGUUGAGGCAUCAUCCUCUCUACCCCUAUAUUUGAGAGAUCUGAAGCAGCGUAGUCCAGACACAUAUACAAGUUUUCUGUCUUCUGCGGAGGAAAUGUGUUUGAACGAGAGUCAAUACGAGGCUUUUAAAUUAGCUUUGACUCACGAAUUUGCCGUAAUCCAAGGUCCACCAGGGACGGGAAAGACGUAUUUGGGUGUAAAAGUAGCCGAAAGUUUACUGAAAUUAAAACGUACUGAGAAUAAUUGCUUUUUAUUAAUAAUAUGCUAUACAAACCAUGCACUGGACCAAUUUUUAGACGCUAUUUUACGAAUAACACCUUCGGUUGUACGCAUUGGCGGGCAAUCGCGCAUGGAAUCUAUGAAAAAAUUGAAUUUAAAUGAAAGACGUAAACUCGCUCCAAAAAGUAAAGAGUUAAAUCUUUAUUAUGAUAAAAAGAGGAUAUUAAAGUCUUCCGUUUCUAAACUGAAUCAAUUACAAAAUCUCAUUUCGGCGGCAGAUAACGGAAUUUUAGACAUCAAAGUACUUAAACAGCAAGCGAAUAUAAGAAAUACAGUUAAUAAAAUUGAAACUCACUUUAAGACUUUAAGGGCUUGGUUGUUUGACAGCAAAUUGAUAAGUUAUGAUUAUUCACAACCUAUAACAAUAGAUGUUACAAAGUUGAAUUGUCUAGAAAAUAACAAUGAUAAUGAUGGUGACAUAAAUUUAAGAGAUGUCAAUGUCAUUUUUGAUGAUUUGAACAUUGUUUCUGAAAAUUUGGAAAAUAUAUGUGAAUUUUCAUUGAACACGAUAAAGAAAGAUCUAAUAAAAUCGAUGAAAAAAUAUCAAUCUAAACCAUGCUUCGCCGAUAAAAUAAACAUAAUAAAUCAUCAAGUAUGGAUAGAAACAUUUGAGGAUAUGAAAAGCACGUACCUAAGUCAAGUUCGAAACGGGGAUUUACAGAAUUUGAAUCCUUUGCGCAUGUCCUUACAAAAUCGUUGGAUGCUCUAUUUUCAGUGGGUGUCUAACUUCAAACAAAACUGGUUGCAGAAAGUAAAACCUAUACAGGAAGAAGCAAUAACGGCCAAUGCAGCUUAUGAAGAGUCUAGAAUAUUACUAGAUCUGACUUUGAUACGAGAUUAUAAAAUUAUCGGUAUGACCACGAGUGGAGCGGCAAGGAUGAGAAAAUUAAUUCAAGAGGCGGCGCCUCAAAUUGUUAUAGUUGAGGAAGCUGCUGAAGUACUAGAACAACAUAUAGUGGCAUCCCUUCAACAGAAUUGUCAGCACGUAAUCCUCAUUGGGGAUCACAAGCAGCUGCGACCUUCGGCAUCGCACAUGAAGUUGGCUAGACAUUACAACAUAGAGGUCUCUUUAUUUGAACGUAUGAUAAAAAACAAAAUACAUAGCAGAACUCUUUCGGUGCAGCAUCGGAUGCGGCCCGAGAUAGCCGCCCUUAUAUCCCCUCAUAUAUAUCCGGAUUUAAAAAACCAUUCGUCGGUCGAGUGCUUCCCCAAUGUUCGAGGUCUUGUUCACAACUUGUUCUUCUUCACACACGAACACCCUGAACAGAAAUCCGAGGAUAGUACAAGCAAGUUUAAUGAAGCGGAGGCAAACAUGGUACUUGGGUUGGCAAACUACAUAAUGCAACAGAGAUAUGAACCUGAAGAUGUCACUAUUCUCGCUGCAUACACCGCUCAAAUGUUUUACAUGAAUAAGAAUCGCAAUAACUAUGCAUUUCUGUCAAAAGUGAAAAUAACGGUGGUUGACAAUUAUCAAGGCGAAGAAUCUAAGAUUAUAAUUUUAUCUCUUGUGAGAAAUAACGCUGAGAAUAGAAUUGGAUUUUUGGGAACUGAAAACAGAAUUUGUGUUGCACUGUCGAGGGCGAGAGAAGGACUGUAUAUUUUCGGAAAUAUGUCGAUGUUGAAGAAUCAGUCUGAUCUUUGGAAAAAAAUAAAUGGGACCCUCGACAAGGCAUCUGCAAUUGGCACAACAUUGGAACUUCGAUGUGAAUCGCAUCCGGAUAAUAUAACACAGAUCGAGUCCCAUACAGAUUUUGAAAAAGUACCAGAAGGGGGUUGUAUGCUGAAGUGUAAUUCGAAUCUUCCUUGUUCGCACGCUUGUAAGUUAAUAUGUCAUGCGUACGACCGAAAUCAUGAACAAAUUCAGUGUACUGAAAACUGUGAAAGAAUAUUGUGUGAUUUACAACAUGUGUGCCCUCUACGGUGUACACAAGAAUGUAAACCUUGUAAUGUUGAAAUAGAAAAAACAUUUCCUUGCGGACAUACCAAUACAGUUCCGUGUCACAUCAACCCAAACACAGAUAAAGUUCUUUGUCACAAGAUAGUCACUGUAACCUUGCCGAGUUGUGGUCAUGAGGUAAGAGCAUUCUUAUAUAAUACUAGACGCUUGUCCCGGCUCCGCCCGCAUAUUAAGAUUUCUGUUUUACACCAAGGGAGCAUUUAA